GAUAUAGAGUAUGGUUCAGUUUCUGUUUAGUGUGUGCUGAACGGUCGUGUCUGUUGGUUGUGUAAUCGAAGUGUCGUUUGUUUUUUUAGUGUUCUAGCGUAUUUUUUUAAACGAUAAAUGUGUGUAUAGCAGACAACUUUUUAUGACAAAAUCUAUCAGAAAAACUAUUAAGCGCGGGAAAAAAGAUCAGAUAUGAGAUUGUUCAAAAGGCGGUGUUCCGAUCCUAGCCCACAGCUUGUCAGUUUAUCACCGAUCGAACAUCAGGACCAGAAAGAAGCGACUUCCGGUUAUACAACUCCGAAGGGAUGCAUUACGCCCGAAAACGGUUCACCUAAACCGCAUAAAAAAUGUUUAGCGACAUGGGGUAAAAAAGUCGGGCGCAAGUGGGACCAAUUGAAGAGGAGCGAAUCUUCCGAGCUGCUUCAAGUGUCGCCGAUCCGCAAAAGACAGUGGUCGCCCCUGUCCAAAGCCAACAUGGCUGACCAAGAGCCUGACGUGCACCAGCGCUACAUGGAAAAGUUGCAGACCAGACGGUUGUCGAGAAUCGAGAACAUUCGGAACGCGGUCAGUCCCGAAUUAUUAUUGUCGACGGAAACCCAAGACGCCGACUGGUUGAAGACUAAAUGUCAAAAGGGCUUGGAAGACCUGUACGCCAUGGAGCGGCCACCGGACGUUAGGAACGUUUCGCCGGGCCGUAACGUGAAAAUGCGAAGAACCCGGUUGCCGGCGGGCAUCGUGGAAAACCCUCUGGAAGAACAGUGCAUCUUGGAAUAUCUGUUAGCCAACAAACGAGCGCUGGGGUUGGACCGGAAGGCGGCCGUCGAUUUGCAAAACCUUAGCUACGAGGAUCUGUUGAAAGUGUUCAACCGGGUGACCGCCGCCGAUCAGAAUAGCAGUAACGCCACUCUGAAAAACCGCAGACGAAGGCACACGACUUUCGGCGAAGCUUUGAUGUUUAGCAAACCGCACGAGACCGUCGGCGGCGGCGGCGGCGGCGGAAUAGUGUUGAAAGCAGACGAGAGCGGCUAUGAGAGCGACUCGACCAGAAACGGCGGAGAUUCUCCCCGCGGAUCGAUCAAGUCGCAGUCUUCCAACGACAACGACAACGAGUUCAGGAAGAACGUUCGCAUAGGCCUGAACAGGGGCGACGUUAAGGAAUUGCAGCUGCACACCAGCAUGGAAAAAUUAUCGUUGGCGUGCGACGAAUGCAAGAAGCCGGCGGAUCAAAACAUCAGCCUGUACCAGAGGUUUUUAAUGAAAAAAGGCAGUUGUCUGGGUCCGAACAACAACAGGUACCAUCAUGCGGCUGCGGAAAUUAAAACCGUGCGGAUUAACAAACGGUACGGGGAAGACGUCGGAGUUAAAAUCGAAUUUCGCGAUUCUGGAACUUCCCGAUCGGGCAUGUACUUCAUCACGGCACUAUCCGGCCCCGCGGCAAGAGACGGUAGGUUGUGCAUUGACGACGAGAUAGUCAAAGUGAACGGUACUCGGGUGCGGGGCAUGAAACAGCAAGACGUCGAAUCUUUACUGCGGCCUACCAAGUACAACAUAGAGUUUGUCGUGUCUAGAUGCAAGAGUCAACUACCCCCCAAGUCUACCGACGCUGCCGAAACGACCGUUAAAGUAGUACAGAAACCCCCAACAGCUCCCAAGCACCACACCUCGGUCAAACCCGAAGACCCACACGAACCUGUCUGGAGCGCAUCCAGACAGUCGUCGUUGCCAGAGAUCAAGCUCGAGGAGAAACCGAAAAUAACCGGCAUGCGAAAGUUUUCAAUCCACAACGUGGACCAAACUAGACCCCCCAGAAAAGCACAGUUUCCCCAGUUGCCCAGGCCCAGGUCGCUGUCCGUGUCGCUGACCACGGUCGUGUUCUACAAAGGACCCGGUCACAAGUCUCUAGGGUUCAGCAUCGUCGGGGGCAUUGAUUCUCCUAAAGGCAGUAUGGGCAUUUUUGUCAAGACAAUUUUUCCCAGCGGUCAGGCGGCCGAAUCGAAACGGCUGAAAGAAGGCGAUGAAAUCAUAAGCGUAAACGGCAAAAACUUGGAAGGGUUCAGACAUUCGCAAGCCAUAGCUCUAUUCAAAGAAAUCAAAUCCGGCCAAAUUACCAUGCAGGUCGGACGAAGAGAUUUGUCGAGGAGGAACAGUAAGUCUAAGUCUUGCGAUGAAUUAGACAAAUUCUGAAAAUCCGUCGAAAUCGUUUAAACGGAAUAUUAUAUUUUCCUGUGAUACAAGACUUACAUUUGUUUACUAAUGAUAGUCAGAUUAAUAUUAAUAUUUAUUAUUUGUAUUAUUAUUAUUAUUUAUUAGUUAUUUUUAAUUGCAUACAUUUUGUCUGUAACGGAUAUCGUGAAAAAUAACAUUGUUGUACAAUAUAGUAUAUUGCGUUAGAGCCUAAUGACUCCAAAAAUAAAAUAUCUAGAUGUAUAAUUAUUAUUAUAGGUUUUUAAUGUGAUUGCGUUUUGAUGUUAACUUUUCUUUUCCUUUGAAUAAACCAUUUAUGCAGUUUGGAAAUUACUUUGAAAUAAUUGCUGUCCUCUACUAUAAUAUAAAACCCCAAACGAAUCGAAAUCGCAGUACAGCACACCACUCGUAGCGGAUCAGUCGGCCCGCGCAAACCGUACAAGCAAGUCGAUUCGUUUUCAUUCAGUUAAGAUGGCUCGUCAAGGGAUUCUUAUAGCCGCCGUCGUUUUGACGUUUAUUUGGCAAACGAGUUUGGCAAAAACCGUUCCAGCACUUGAUCCGUCCUUAGAAAUUAACCACGACGAAGACAUGCAGACAGAAGAAACAGGAGGUUUCCUGAUGAACAUGUUGUUUGGCGGUUUUCCUUGGCCUGGACCGUGGGGACCUGGAGGCGCACCGUGGGACGGACCUUGGGGCGGACCGUUUUACGGAUGAACGCUGACAGAGCAAACAAUGUGUGUACUUCAAUACUUGUACUUGCUACAUAAUAUAUUCAAAAUAAAUGGUGU